AAUGAGUGUGAUGCACUGGACAAAUGUUAAUAAUGAAUCUCCAUCAAAAUUCAAUAGGCAAUCUUCAGAAACAUUGCCUCCUAUACGUAAAAGAAUAUAAAAGAGAAACGAAAAGGGUCUCUAGGAAACCACAUAUAAGUCAUUAUAUAAAUAGAACAAACUAGCUGAAAUAGUAACUAAAGCCUAGAAAAGCAAUGAGGAUCUUUAUGAAGAGUAUGACGAGAUAAAGAUUCAAGGCAGCAUAUUAAAAAUCAAUGAUAAUGUUAUAAUAAAAAAUGGUGAUCAUAAAGUUGAAGAUUAUGUUGGAACAAUAUAGAAAAUUUGUUCUGUUUUAGAACCAUCGACCAACAAGUUAAUUUGCCUGUGUUAAGUUUAAUGGUUCUUGAAAAAGAGUGAAAUUGUAAAUCAUAAGCCAAGAGCUAGAUGCUGGAUUGGAACUUAAGAAAUAUUUUCAACCAAAAAGAACGAUUAUAUUCUUGCUUAAACCAUAAUUUAGAAGUGCUAAGUAGUUAAUUGUGAUGAAUUUGUCAAUCUCGAAAACAGUGAUCUGACCACAUAUUAUAACAGACUUGAAUGGGAUGUUGAAAAUAAAAAAUUUACUAAUAUGAAUGAAAUCUAGUUGUACUGUCUAUGUCAAUAACCAUGGAAUCCUGAACUCAACUACAUUUAAGUAAAUUUUAAAUUUUAUUUUUUAGUGUGAUAAAUGUCAGAAAUGGUACCACUUCGAAUGUGUGGAUUUGAUAGAUGGAUGUUAUGACGAUAAAGAGUAUAUUUGUGGAUAUUGUAAUUGAUUUCUAUUCUUGUAUUAAAGUCUUUCUUAUUAAACAUUUAUUUAACUUAUUUUUAAAAUAAGGCAAGCUUUCUGAGGUUAUGAAAAUUAGUUAGCUUAAAUUUAAAACAAAAAAGCCAAUAGGAUUAACACUGGAUUAUCUGGAAAACCAGUAACCCUAAAAAGAGAUACUUCCAGAAGUAAAAAAAUGUGAUUAAUAAGGCUUAAGAAAUUAAUUAAAUUGAUGAUAUUUUCAAUCAAUAUCAACAAUAAUCACAAACAAAAGAACUUGAUCCAUUGAAUCAAUCAAAAUCAUCAAAUUUUGAACGCUAUUAAAAUGAUGAAUCAAGCAGUUCUAAACCUAUACACUUACCAAUCGGUAUAAAAUUAUUGUUAAUUUUUCCAGAUGAAGACAAUGACAAUAAAAAGGUUUAAAAGAUAAUUUUUGAAGAGUAUUAUCCAUAAAAUAAUGGAAAUAGAGAUAAUUCGGAGAAUACUCAAAUUUAAUACGAGAACUUAUCAAAUAUUAAUUCUAAAUUGGUUUAAGAGCCUCCAGCACCUAAAAACAAAGAUAAAGUAAAGUAAACUUUUCCAUAAAAUGGAUCUUCUAUGGCAGGAUGUAAGUUUCUUUGUUUAUCAAAAGUGAAGAAAUAAAUAUAAAUUGCAAUUCCUCAAGUUGAACAAAAUAUCACUAGUUCAUAUGAAUAAACAAUGAUAAAAUAAUAAUAAAAAUAAAAUUAAAUGAAUGAUUUAGAAUUAAAAUCAUAAAUAUUUUAAUUGUAAAAUGAUAAAGAUAGGAUUAAAAAUUAGUAUAAACUUGAAAUCGUAGAAUUAAAUGCCCUUAUCUAAGAUUUAUAAACCAAAUUAGAAAUAGAGUAGGCAGAAUAAAUGCAGUUGAAACAAUAAAAUCAAAAAUUAGCAAAUCUUAUUUCAUAAAUUGAUAAUUAACUUAUUCCAAAGUAGGAUAGAGAAUAAUUUAUGUGUAGUCAUCACAAUAAUUUAAAUGAUAAAGAAAAAAUAUGUUAUUUAAUUGAAAAGCUCAAUGUAAAAUCAACACAAAAUGCUAAAUUACAUUAUGAGAUAAUCAAAUUAUAAAAUAAUGUAAAAAAUAAAGUUUAAAUUAAUAGGUUGAAAUGCUUGAAACUCAAUCAAUUAUAAACCAAAACAAUGAUAAUUAAAACCACAAUCAGGAUAAAUAAUCUAUCAAUUAAGUUCCACAAUACUUAGGUAUGGAGGUUCAAAAUCCUACCUAAAUUUAUAAUAAAAAAGAAAACAUAAAAGCAAGCGUCAUGAUGUAAUAGAAACAAUCAUUCUUAAACCUAAGCGCAAAUCACUCAUAAUUAGAUUAGAAUAAAAAUAUGAACUUGUAUUUCUUCUACUAAACAAAAUCUUAGUUCAAAUGUGAUAACACCUUAAGCCAACAAAAAUGAAGUAUCUACUUCAAUUCACAAAAAUCUGACUUUGCAUUAAACAAAAAACGGUUAUUUCAAAGAAGAUAAUUUAUAAUAGAUCAGAAAAAUACAGUAUGAAAUCAUUAUUUUAUUUAGAAGCACAAAAAACUCUACAUCUGUUGGAGAAUUAAAUAUUUUAAGAUAAGAUCCUACGAAUUAUUCAAAUAUAUUACAAAACAUGAUGAAAAAAGCUACUCCUAACUCGCCCAAUAAAUAACUUCAUGCAACAUAAAAGUUUAAAGAGACCUUAGAUUCAAAACUAAAUAAUAUUUCUGAUAAAUAAAAAUCCUAUGCUAGUUUACUAUUUUCAGGAGGUGAUUUGAAAAAAUCUAGAUACAAGGAUGCUUAUUAUAGGCAAUAUUCUCCUCACAUCAACGAUGAUAUUUAGUUUAAAACUAGAUAGUAAUUUCUUUUUUCUAAAUUAGACUAUUUUCAUUGAAACCCUAUUCAAAUUCAAGGAAAGAAUCAGAAACAAUAAAAUCUGAAGAGUCUCAUAAACUCAGCACAGAUAAAGCUAAAAAUUAAAAUAAAUAUGAACAUUUAAAUUAUCAAAAGAAAGGUACAUUUUAAUCCACUUUAGAUAUUUUGCAACUGGUGAAAGACAUAAAUAAUUAAAAAAUCGGAAGUAGUUAUGCAGAUAAUAAUUAUUAGUUUCAGCAAAAAUAAAUUACAAAAGAAAAUGUGAUGCCAAAAAGGAACAAAAAUCUAAUCUUCGCUAGUACGUUAACAAUCUUUAUUGAGCAGGUGC